UGCCAUUUUCCCAAUGCCAUUUAUUUGCAGUCCACAGCGCGGUCGAUGCGAAGGCAGUUUGUUUGGCAGUUGAACAAUGGCUUCCACCAACACCCAAUUGCAGGACGGAGCUUCUCCCUCUUCUGGGUCUAGUUCCUGGAAAUACGAUGUCUUCUUGAACUUCAGAGGCGUAGACACCCGAAACGACUUCAUUGACCAUCUCUAUUCGGCUCUCCAUGAGAGGGGCAUUUUCACGUUCAAGGAUGAUCAGAAGCUCGAGAGAGGUGAAUCGAUUUCUCCAGCGCUCCUGAAAGCCAUCAAAGAGUCGAGACUUGCCGUGGUUGUUUUCUCCGAGAACUACGCUUCUUCCAAGUGGUGCUUGGAGGAACUCGUUAACAUCCUCGAGUGCCAGAAGACGAGGGCACUCACCGUUUUACCAGUGUUCUAUAAGGUAGAUCCCUCGGAUUUACGAAAACAAAGGAGGAGCGUUGGAGAAGCAUUCGCCAAACACGAGCGAGAUUCCAGCGUAGAGGAGGAGAAGCAGAAAGUGCAGAGAUGGAGGAAUGCUUUAUCGGAAGCCGCCAACAUUUCUGGGUGGGAUACAAAAACGCACAGGCCUGAAACAGAGCUUGUUCGAGACAUUGCCAUUGAUAUUCUAAAUAGACUGGGAUAUAAUGGUUUAAGCGGUCUUGAAGAUGUUGUUGGAUUGCAUCCUCGUAUGGAAAAAGUGAUGUCACUAUUAAAAAUGGGGUCGAAUUUGGAUGAUCCAAGUAUAGUAGGGAUAUGUGGAAUGGGUGGUUUAGGAAAGACUACUAUUGCCAUGGCUGUUUAUCUCCGGAUUCGUUCUCGGUUUGUUGGUAGCAGCUACCUUGCAAAUGUUAGAGAAACUUGUGAGAAACAUGGUUUGGAGUCCUUGCAAAAAUCUCUUAUUCAUGAUAUCUGCUCGGUCUCAGACACUGAUAAAAAAAUAAGAAAUAUUGAUUUGUCAGGGGAAAUACGGAAUGCGGUAAGGAAUAAGAGGGUUCUUCUAGUCCUGGAUGAUGUGGACCAUUCAGAUCAGAUGAAUGCCCUUGCUGGAACACUUGAUUGGUUUGGUCCAGGAAGCAAAAUUAUAAUAACGACCAGAAACAGUCAUUUACUAGCCCGAUAUGGUCCAAGAAGUCAUGUCUACAAUGUUGAGGGACUAAAUCACAAGGAAGCUUUUAAGCUAUUUUGUCAUAAAGCAUUCUGGAACCACCAACCAACACAGGGUUAUGAGGGACUCGCAAACAGUAUGGUUCGUUACGCUGGAGGAGUUCCAUUAGCUCUCAAAGUUUUGGGCUCUUUUCUCAUUGGCAGAAGUAUAAUUGAAUGGCAAAGGGCGUUAGAUAGAUUAGGGCAACAACCUAUUUUGGAUAUUCAAAAAGUGCUCAAAUUAAGCUAUGACGAUCUAGCCCAUGAAGAGAUGGAAAUUUUUCUUGACAUUGCGUGCUUCUUUAAACAGAUGAGCUAUGAUUACAUAGUAGAAAUAUUGGAUGCUUGUGGUUUCCACGCUGAUAUUGGAAUAAGGGUUCUUGAAGACAAGGCACUUGUAAUGAUAAGAGACAAUAAGAUAGAUAUGCAUGAUCUGAUACAAGAAAUGGGAUGGCAUAUUGUUUUUGAAGAAUCCCUAGAAAACCCUGGUGGAAGAAGCAGGUUGUGGAAGUACGAAGACAUCUAUCAUACACUCACAAAAAAAACAGGGACAGAAGCAUUGGAGGCCAUGGUUUUCUAUUCUCACAAAACAAAAGAGAUGUCCUUAAAUCCUGAUACGUUUUCAAUGAUGAGAAAAUUGCGACUACUCAAGCUUAGUAAUGUUCAGCUUCCUAAUGGUCUCGAUUAUCUCUCUAAUGAUUUAUGCCUUCUUGAUUGGCACGAAUAUCCUUUAAAAUGCCUACCAUCAAAUUUUCAACCGGACAGGCUUGUCAAACUAAAAAUGUCGCAUAGCCGCUUGAAACAACUUUGGAAUAAAAGAAUGUGUCUAUACAGGUUGAAAUAUGUUGACCUCAGUUAUUCACCAUGCAUAACCAAGAUCCUAGAUUUUAUACAAGUAACAAAUCUUGAGGAAUUGAUUCUUGAAGGUUGUAGGAACUUGGAUGAGAUCGGCCCAUCCAUUAAAGCGGUCAAAGGGCUUGGGCUCUUAAAUUUGAGGGACUGCAAAUAUAUUACGGUUCUGCCUACAGGUUGUUGGCUUAAAUCCCUUAAAGAACUUAUUCUCUCAGGUUGCUCAAAACUAAAAAAUGUUUCUCAAGUCUUAGCUUGUACAAAAUGCUUAAUUAAGCUUGAUUUGCAUGCGACUCGUGUUAAGGAACUGCCAGUUGAACAUCUCAUGCUUACGCUCUUAAAUUUGAGGGACUGCAAAUAUGUUGAGGUUCUUCCUACAGGUUGUUGGCUGGAAUUCCCUGAAGAACUUGUUCUCUCUGGUUGCUCAAAACUCAGAAAUGUUUCUCAAGUCUUACCGUAUAUGAAACGCUUAAUUAGGCUCGAUUUGCAUGUGACUUGUGUAAAGGAAUUACCAGUUGGACAUCUCAGGCAUCUUCAAUUUAUUAGGUUGUGGGAUUGUAAAGAACUUACAAGUCUUCCAAGUGGCAACUAUUGGUUGAAACGUCUUGCAAGUCUUUCAAGCGGCAACAACACCACUGUUCUCAUCAUCCCUAAUUCCAAAAGAAUGUCAAGAUCUCAUGGGAGAAAUAUACUCGAAGAAUCCCCCUCAUCAUCCCUAAUUCCAAAAGAAUGUCAAGAUCUCAUGGGAGAAAUAUACCCGAAGAAUUCCUGUAACGUCUCGUCAAUGGAUCUGAAGAAUUUAUUUAAAUUAGUAUUAUAUUUUGGUGAAUUAAGUUUUAGUAUUAUUGGGAUUAAGUUUGAAAAAUAUUUCAAGGGUGGAUGAUGGGGGAGAAUUGUUGGAAAUAUUAUAUUUAUUAUUAUUUUGAGAAAAGAAAAUAAAUUGUAAGUAAAUUAACAUAUGUGAAUAUCUAAAGUUGUGUAUGUUGUAAAGUUGUGUAUGUUGAUGAGUUAAACUUUUUGGGUUCAAUGUGGGUUGAGCUAAUGGAUUUGGGUUUGCACCCAUGAUUAUAAUAAUGUGGGUUUGUUAAAGAAAAGGACAAACGAAAAUGAAAAAAGAGAAAAUUAUUUAAAUGGGGUAAGAUAUUUUAGUUGUGAGUGUGUGUAAGUGAGGGCAAAUGUGGAAGCGAAAAAAAAA